UGGGUUUGGGGCCCCCCCUAUGGGGCUCCCCGCCCCACUUAAAGUGGGGAAAUUACUGGAACGCCCCCCUUUAAUAGAAUACGGAAGACACAUUUCCGUAUUGAAUACGGAAGUUUAAUAUCCGUAUUAUAUUAGUAUGUAAACCGGCAAGGGUUUAUUCAAACCCAUUUCAAACCCAUUUCCGUAUUUUGCCAAGCUCUUCUCCCCUCUUCAACCUUCGAUCUCUGUCGCUCCCCUUGCUUGAACCGUGUACUUGAAAGGUUCCAUCAUCUCCAUCAAAGCUCUUCACAACCCCAUUCUCAGAAUUGAAACCUAGAGUGAGAAUGAAGAACAGAAAGAGGUCUCAUGCUUCUAGUGAGGAUGUCGGGGCUACUGAGGAUAGACACCGGCGGUUACAUGCUUCUAGCCGGCGCGGCGAUCAUGCUGCAACCUCUCAGGCGGUGGAGGCUUCAGCUCCAGUUGUUUCUCCGCCGUCUCCCAUGAUUGAGGUUCCUCUGGUUGAUUAUUCGCCGUCUCCCACGGUUGAGAUACCUACAGUUGUUUCUCCGCCCUCUCCCAUGGUUGAGUCAUCAGGCGAGGAGUCCUCAGGCGAGGAGUCCUCAGGCGAGGAGUCUUCCGGCGAGGAGUCAUCAGGCGAGGCCUCAUCCGGCAUGGGAGGAUCUGACGAGGAUAGUAUUCCUCCGCCUACUGUUGAUGCUGAUGUCCUGCCGCCAGAGCAGGGGGAGCAGGGGGCACAGGGUGGCGAGGAGGACCUGAUCCAGAGGUUGCCGCCGUUUCCGGGGGGGCCUGUUGAGCUAUCGCUCCUCACCCAUUAUGCUGAUCACAAGGCUCCCUGGGCGUGGCAUGCACUCCUACGCACAGACGAGCGGUAUGUGGACCGUCGACAGUUGAAGGUGGCCACAGCUGGGGGGAAGGUUUGGAACCUUGCUUGUGAUGGUGAUUCAGACAGUCACAGGCGGGUUUGA